CUGCCCGUAACGAUCGGAAAUGGCAAGAGGAUCACUCACAUUCACAUGCAUGUAUGUUUCCGUGCUGGCCGUUUUCUUUCUCUAGCAGAAUCACUGUCUCUGAAGUCUGAACCAAACCCCCUCCACCCUCACCCUCUCUCUCGCUCUCUCUCUCUCUCUCUCAUACGCGGGCGCGCACACACUCUCUCUCUGGCUGUGUGUAAAUGGACGCAUCUAGCUGGCGAAUAUGAAAAUGACCGGAAAGCCGGAGCUACCGGACACGUUCCCGGCGAACCUCUCGUCCAAAGCCCUAAAAUCACCCCUAGACUCGGAUCUCCAACACAAGUCAAUCACUCGCAAGCCUUCCCGGCGCUUAACUGGGAACUCGACCUGCCUGAAGAGAACUGGAGCUCCUUCUGGGCGGAGGAGCCGGCCCAACACCCCGCUGCUUAGGUUGAAGCUCUCCGGCUGCGACGGAAACGGAAACGACCGCGUCGAAGAUGACCAGAAGUCUCUACGAGAAUGUCGUCGGAAAAGUCGCCGGAGAAAACGCCAGGACGUCGUCGUUUUGUCCGCGAGGAAGCUCGCUGCGGGACUCUGGCGGUUGCAUAUUCCCCAGGUGGCUGCCGGCGCCGGUGAAGCCUGCCAUGUCUUUCGGGGCAAAGCUCAGUUAGGGCUUCAGCAUGGUGUUGGCCAUGUAGGUAUUCCCUUUCCUUGCCAUCCUAGCGGCGAAGAUUAUGGUUCUGAAGCAGAGGAUCGCUUACAAAGCCCUAGUUCGAUUGCUGGCACAAAGAACAGAUUCUUGCGUAAGCUUGAAUCUUCGUUUCAGAUUUCAAACUCUGCGAUGGAGGGGGCAACAAAGUGGGAUCCUGUCUGCUUGAAGACAUCAGAUGAAGUUUUGCAGAUUUACAGUCACACAAAGCUCCUUGACCAACAACUAAGUGCUGUUUCGGUAGUUUCUGUACUUGAAGCCAAAUUGGAGCAGGCUCGAGCCCGCAUUCAGGAGCUUGAGACUGAGCACAGAUACUCAAAAAAGAAACUGGAGCACUUGUCAAGGAAAAUCAGUGAGGAAAGGGCAUCAUGGCGGAGCAGGGAGCAUGAGAAAAUCCGUGCUUUUAUUGAUGAUUUAAAAGCUGAAUUGAACAGGGAAAGAAAAAAUCGCCAGAGGAUUGAAGUUGUAAAUUCCAAAUUGGUUAAUGAGCUGGCUGAUACCAAAUUAUCAGCAAAGCGAUUUAUGCAGGACUAUGAAAAAGAAAGAAAGGCCAGAGAAUUAAUUGAGGAAGUAUGUGACGAGCUUGCGAAGGAGAUUGGAGAAGACAAGACUGAAGUUGAAGUGCUAAAGAGGGAGUCCAUGAAACUCCUGGAGGAAGUGGAGGAGGAAAGGAGAAUGUUGCAGAUGGCUGAGGUCUGGCGUGAAGAACGUGUUCAGAUGAAGCUGGUCGAUGCAAAGGUGGCCCUUGAAGAGAAGUACUCUCAGAUGAGCAAGCUUGUAGCCGAUCUAGAGAAAUUUAUGAGGCCAAGAAGUUCAAGUUUGGAUGUGAAGGAAAUGAGAGAAGUGGAUUUGCUUCGAGAGGCUGCUGCCUCUGUGAAUAUUCAACUUAUAAAGGAAUUCUCUUAUGAACCUCCCAAUUCAGAUGAUAUUUUUUCUGUUUUCGAAGAUGUUAAUUUUGCUGAAUCCAAUGAAAGGGAGAUUGAACCAUGUAUCGCUUAUAGUCCUGCCAGCCCUGCCUCCAAAAUUCAUACGGUGAGUCCUGUGGUUAAUGUAAUCAGCAAGGACAGAAUUCAGAGACAUUCGCAUACAUUUGUUGAUGAGAAUGGUGACAUGGAAGAAGAUGAAAGUGGGUGGGAAACUGUGAGCCAUCUUGAGGAUCAGGGCUCAAGUUAUUCACUAGAAGGGACUGCCCCAUAUGUCAUCAAGAAUCGCCAAGAAAGUAAUGUCUCCAGAAGCAGAAUGGAAUGGGACGAAAAUGCUGGUCAAGAACCACAAAUCACUGAAAUUCGUGAAGUCCUCUCAGUGCCAACGAGGCAGUUGAAGAAUGUUUCAUCCAUAACACGACUUUGGAAAUCAUGUCCUGGCAAUGAUGAGAAUUUCAAGAUUAUCUCUGUAGAGGGGAUGAAAGGUAGACUUUCAAAUGAAUUGGCAUCCAAUGGAAGUAUCAUGUCUCCAGAUAGGGUGUCAGGUAAAAGUGGGAUUAGUCCCCCGGAUUUGGUUGGGCAGUGGAGUUCUCCCGAGUGUGGGUAUCCCUAUGUAACUAGAGGGAUGAAAGGGUGCAUUCCUCGCGGUACACAGAAGAGUAGUUUAAAGGCACAGCUUUUGGAGGCAAGGAUGGAAAGCCAGAAGGUUCAAUUGCGCCAUGUUCUUAAACAGAAGAUUUAAGAAGAAUUUUUAGACAGGACGACAGAGUUUGCUCAAUUCUGCUUAGCCAUAGUGAAAACAAGUAAUUUCAUUGCCACCUUGAAAAGUACCCAUUUGAAACAUCUCGGAUGAAAACUCUAAUUUUUCAAGUUCUCCAAUAUUGGCAUGCAAUUAUCCAGUA